AUGACAUUCGCAUUCGAGUGCCUAACUACAUUCANAGAAGAAGAAGAAGAAGAAGAAGAAGAAGAAGAAGAAGAAGAAGAAGAAGAAGAAGAAAAAGAUGGUGAAUUUGACGUGGACAAAUUAUUCGUCGUCCACAAACAAGGCAGCUUCAACAUGGAAGACGGCACCAUGGAAAGAACUUAUUUUGACAUUUCAAGCUUACAAGCACAAGGGUCGUGUAUCGAUCUUGGUCUUGGUAGCGAGGUGGACAACGUGCUCGUGUUUGAUCAUGUUCAUGACAGAUAUCUCGCGCUUGGUUUGGUCGAUCAUGCCUUUAUGAGUAAAGAGCUCGAGCGUGAGACAAGAUUGUGGUUCAAGAAUGGGUUUGCAGUGUGGUUGCGAAUGCAGUGUGGUGCUGUGGACAACGUGCUCGUGUUUGAUCAUGUUCAUGACAAAUAUCUCGCGCUUGGUUUGGUCGAUCACGCCUUUAUGAGUAAAGAGCUCGAGCGUGAGACAGGAUUGUGGUUCAAGAAUGGGGCAUGCACGGCUGUUCUGCUUGUCGUGGUGGUUUUCGCCAUCACCGUCUUCAUUUGGACUUUAGCAAUUUACUCGAGCAUACUUCCUCCACUUCUUCCGCUCACUUUCUUCACGAUGACAAAGCAGGGUGGUUGGACGAAUGGCACUUGCAGCAGGAAGCAUCCGGUGAAAAUGUUCGACAAGCCAAAACCCAUCGGCAAGAAGAAAUUCCUGAAGAACGGACCCAACUCUAACAGAGCAUGCGCGACUGUUCUGCUUCUCGUGGUGGUUUUCGCCAUCACCGUCUUCAUUUGGACUUUAGCAAUUUAUUUGGGUAACCAACCUCUGCUUUUCAUGAUUUUACUCUUCUGCCGCUUGCUUUUCAUAGCGAUUUUCAUCGCACUUGAAUUCGAUUUUGUUUCUUAUUCUCUACUAUAUCUCGCGCUUGGUUUUGUCGAUCACGCCUUUAUGAGUAAAGAGCUCGAGCGUGAGACAGGAUUGUGGUUCAAGAAUGGGUUCAAUAUGGGUGCUGAAAACAACAUUGAGAUUGAGGAUGGAACUGUAGAGAUUGGAAUGGAAUAUAGAACUGUGUCCGGGGUUGCUGGACCUCUCGUUAUUCUUGACAAAGUCAAGGGACCCAAGUACAUGGAAAUUGUGAACAUUCGCUUAGGAGAUGGCACGACCCGACGUGGGCAAGUGUUAGAGGUUGAUGGAGAUAAGGCUGUUGUUCAGGUUUUUGAAGGAACAUCUGGAAUUGACAACAAAUAUACAACUGUUCAGUUUACUGGGGAGGUUUUAAAAACACCUGUCUCGUUGGAUAUGCUUGGUCGUAUUUUUAAUGGUAGUUCAAUCAAUCCUAGUGAGAGAACCUAUCCUGAAGAGAUGAUACAAACUGGAAUUUCCACAAUUGAUGUCAUGAACUCUGUUGCACGAGGACAGAAAAUUCCUCUAUUCUCUGCUGCCGGUCUUCCCCACAAUGAAAUAGCUGCUCAGAUAUGUCGUCAGGCUGGUUUGGUGAAACGACUGGAGAAAUCUGACAACCUUCUUGAGGAUGGUGAAGAAGAUGAUUUUGCCAUUGUCUUUGCAGCUAUGGGAGUCAACAUGGAGACAGCUCAGUUUUUCAAACGUGAUUUUGAGGAAAAUGGAUCCAUGGAGAGGGUUACUCUUUUUUUGAACUUGGCCAAUGACCCGACAAUAGAACGUAUCAUUACACCUCGCAUUGCCCUAACAACUGCAGAAUAUUUAGCGUAUGAAUGUGGGAAGCAUGUUCUUGUCAUAUUGACGGACAUGAGUUCUUAUGCUGAUGCUCUUCGUGAGGUCUCUGCUGCUCGAGAAGAAGUGCCUGGAAGACGUGGAUAUCCCGGUUACAUGUAUACUGAUCUGGCGACCAUCUAUGAAAGGGCUGGACGUAUUGAAGGACGAAAAGGGUCCAUUACGCAAAUUCCCAUUUUAACCAUGCCCAACGAUGAUAUCACACACCCAACCCCAGAUCUCACCGGUUAUAUCACUGAGGGGCAGAUAUACAUUGACAGACAACUUCAUAAUAGGCAGAUAUACCCUCCAAUUAAUGUGUUGCCAUCAUUGUCUCGUCUAAUGAAGAGUGCUAUUGGUGAGGGCAUGACCCGUAGGGACCACUCUGACGUGUCCAACCAGUUAUACGCCAACUAUGCCAUUGGGAAGGAUGUUCAGGCAAUGAAAGCCGUGGUCGGAGAAGAAGCCCUUUCCUCAGAAGAUCUGUUGUACCUCGAGUUCCUCGAUAAAUUCGAGAGGAAAUUCGUCACACAGGGAGCCUACGACACACGUAACAUUUUCCAGUCGCUCGAUUUGGCAUGGACUCUGCUCAGAAUCUUCCCUCGGGAGCUGCUUCAUCGUAGUUUGGAAUCUGCACUCCAACUGUUUGAGACAAUGAGCAAACCAAACACUUACGUUUGGAAUGUAAUAAUCAGGGGAUUAGUCGAUUCCGGAAUGUUCGAAGAAGCUAUUGAAUUGUACAUCCGGAUGCAGUUCCAAGGCGUCAAAGCCGACAACUUCACAUUUCCUUUCAUAAUCAAAGCGUGUGCGGUGAUUGCCUGUUUGAAGGAAGGACUUAAAAUUCACUCCACGGUAAUUAAGCUCGGUUUACAUGUAGAUAUCUAUAUAUGCAAUGCAUUGAUUACGAUGUAUGCUAAAGCCGGGUGUAUUGAGGAAGCAGAGAAAAUAUUCUGGCGUAUGCCUGAAAAAGAUUUAGUUUCUUGGAAUUCGAUGAUAAGUGGGUAUGUCUCGUUUGGUGAUGGUUGGACCUCUUUAAAUUAUCUUCGGAAAAUGCAGAAAUCGGGAUUAGAACCCGACAGGUUCAGUUUUAUCAGUGGUUUAAUCGCUUGUGCCCUCGAGCGCUCUUUCUCUAGCGGGAAGGAGAUUUUUUGCCGAAUUCUCAAAAACGGGAUCGAACUCGAUUCUAUGAUUCAGAGCUCGUUGAUCGACAUGUUUGGAAAAUGUGGUCAAGUCGAUUAUGCCGAGAGGCUAUUUAACAUAACUGCCCGGAAAAAAAAUAUAGUUGUUUGGAAUGCAAUGAUUGGUGCGUACACUUGGAGUGAUAAAUCUCUCGACUCAUUUGCUUGUCUUUUGAAAAUGAAAGAGGAUGACGAUUUGAGACCGGAUGCUAUCACAUUGAUUAACUUGCUUCCGUCCGUUUCGAAUCUCGGUGCUUUGUCACAAGGUAAAGCUAUUCACGGGCAUGCAAUUAGGAAAGGGUAUAUACGUCAUUUAGUGUUAGAGACUUCUCUUGUUGACAUGUACGGUAAAUGCGGGAGCAUAAACCUCGCCGAACGUGCGUUUUCUCUCAUUCGGAUGAAAAACUUGGUCUCAUGGAAUGCGAUGAUCGGGGCUUAUGUGAAGAAUUCGGAAAACGCGAAAGCUGUAGAAACAUUUCGAAUGUUGUUGCUGAACGUAAACGAGCCUCGUCAUGUGCCGGACGAGACGAGUUUUUCGAGCGUCCUAGCAGCCUAUGCCGAAAUAGCCUUGCCAGGAGAAGGAAAACAGAUACAUUGCCGUGUGAUUAAAUCGGGAAUAUAUUUAGACACGUUCGUCUGGAAUGCGCUGAUUCAUAUGUACGCGAAAUGUGGUGAUCUCGAUUCGGGACGAAAAGUCUUCGACAAUCUGACGUGUAAGGAUAUAAUCUCGUGGAACACGAUUAUUAUGGGUUACGCUAUUCAUGGGCUCGAAGAAUAUUGCUUUGGUUUGUUCUCUGAUAUGCUAGACAUGGGGUUCGAACCGAACAAAAGCACUUUUGUUUCGAUUUUAUCGGCCUGUAGCAUGUCCGGCAAUGUAGAUGAAGGCUGGAAAUAUUUCGAUUUAAUGAAGAGAGGAUUUGGGAUUGAAGCAGAAAUCGAACAUUAUGGAUGCAUGCUCGAUUUAUUAGGCCGUGAGGGCAAUUUCGACUGUGCAAAGAGGUUCAUCGAGGAAAUGCCGCUAAAACCGACUAAACGGAUAUGGGGCUCUCUGCUGUCUGCAAGUAGACAUCAUAAAAACAUCGAACUUGCUGAGCUGGCAGCAGAGAAAAUAUUCUCUUUAAACGAUGAUGAUGAUAAUACGGGAUGCUACGUGCUGCUUUCGAACAUGUAUACUGAAGUAGGAAGAUGGGAAGAUGUCGAGCGGAUUAAAGAAUUAAUGAAAAAACGAGGUUUGGUGAAAACCACCGGAUUCAGCACGGUCGAGCACAAUGGUAAAGCGUACAAUUUCGUAAAUUACGACAAGUCGAAAAACGAGAGUGGCGUUAUAUAUAAUGUUGUCGAUAUUUUGUCGAGAAAGAUUGGCGAGGAGGAGGCAUGUUCUUGCAAUGUGACUAAAUUCAAGCUGCCGGAUUUGGUGAAAACGAGAAAAGACCGUCCGGUGAAUCACAGUGUGAGAUUGGCUGUUUGCUUUGGGUUGAUCGGGACACCUGUCGGGGACCCAUUGGUCGUUAGAAAAAACGUGAGAAUAUGCGGAGACUGCCAUUGGGCAGUAAAGAAGAUUUCGCGUGUUACGAACAGGGAAAUAGUUGUUGGGGAUUCGAAAAUGUGGCAUCGUUUUAAGGAUGAUCGAUGCUCGUGUGGAGAUUACUGGUAA